AUGUCAAAAUACACGGAUUACUUGAGAAAAUUAUACUACACGCCUGGAAAUCCUGGUGCUUUUGCAGGUCCUGAAAAGCUAUACCAAUCUGUUAAAAACGAUGGAAAACACAAAAUUGGAAGAGAAAAAAUUAGACAAUUUUUGAACAAUGAGGACCCCUACAGUCUGCUUAAACCUAUUCGUAGGUCAUUUCCUCGUUCGAAGGUAGUUGUGGACACGAUUGACUCUAUGUGGGACGGAGAUUUGGCUGAUGUUAGCAACAUUUCUUCUCACAAUGAUGGUUUUCAAUUUUUGUUUGUGUUGAUAGAUAUAUUCAGUCGAUUUUUGUUUGUGGUGCCUUUGAAAAAUAAGCACCAUCAAACCAUUAUUGAUAGUUUGAAAAAAACUUUUCAAACAGGACGAAAACCAAACACAUUAAGAACAGAUAAAGGAAGUGAAUUCAAAAAUCGUUGGGUUAAAGCAUUUCUACAAAAAGAGAAUAUCAGUAACAUAUACACUCAGAAUGAAACAAAAGCAAAUUAUGCUGAAAGAGUUAUUCGAACUAUGAAAAACCUAAUGUAUCGUUAUUUUCUUAAAAAUAGAACUUAUCGGUACUUAGACGUUUUACAAGAUUUAGUCAAAACUUACAAUAAGCGACCUCAUAGAUCUUUGGGUGGAAUAACACCCUCAGAAGUAAACCCUCAAAAUGUCGACGAAAUAAGAUUAUCUGCCUAUCUGGCUGGAAAAAAGAAGAUUCGCUCUGAUUCCAAAAAUAUAGAAAAUCAAAACAAAAUGGUGAAGAGUAAACAGAGAAAAAAGAAAAUGUCAACUUUCAAGUUCAAGAUAGGGGAUAAUGUACGUAUAUCUCAGAUUAAACACCCAUUCCAGAGAGAUUAUCAACAAAAAUGGACGGAAGAAUUCUUUAGAAUAAGUCAGCGUUACAAGAGGGAAGGAAUUUCUGUAUACAAAAUAAACGAUUUAGCAGAUGACCCAAUAGAUGGUACUUUUUAUGAAUCAGAACUUCAAAAAGUUUUCAAGUCGGAUGACAUUCUGUAUAGAGUUGAAAAAGUUCUUAAGAAAAGACAACGUGGAAAAAACACAGAGGUGUACGUCAAGUGGGAGGGUUGGCCUAAAAAAUUUAACUCAUGGAUUUCAGAGAAUUCUCUUGAAAAAAGUAAAUAA